UCCGCCCUCUGCAAAGAAACCAUCCUCCUCCUCCUCCUCCUCCUCCUCUCCAGCCAUCGAGGAAACUUAACCAAGCGACUUCACGGUUUGCAGCCGUCGGAUUUAAGUGUUCGCACCGGGCGAUGCUGUGAGGGAAAGCGGCAGGCGUCGACAUGUGAAAGUUUCUGCGGCUGAAACUCGACGCGUUAGCGGGAACAUGAGCUCCAGUUCGUAGCCGACGGUACUUCACUAGAGCGUCUCUGUUUUCCUGCGUGUCCUCCCUAAGUGUGCCUGUCCAUUCACAGCCAUGGCUCGGGGUUGCAUCUGCUGUGUUAAAUACAUGCUCUUCCUCUUCAACCUGCUCUUCUGGCUGGGUGGGUGUGGAUUGUUGGGCGUCGGCGUGUGGCUGUCGGUGUCUCAGGGCAACUUCGCCACCCUUUCGCCCUCCUUCCCGUCGCUCUCCGCCGCCAAUCUCAUCAUCACCCUCGGCACCAUCGUCAUGGUGACGGGCUUCCUGGGUUGCCUGGGUGCCAUCAAGGAGAACAAGUGCCUGCUGUUGAGUUUUUUCAUCGUCCUGUUGAUCAUCCUCCUGGCCGAACUUAUCCUCCUCAUCCUGUUCUUCGUCUACACCGAUAAGGUGAGCGAAAAUGCCAGACGGGACCUGAAAGAAGGCCUGGUGCUGUACAGCACGGACAACAACGCCGGGCUGAGGGAUGCGUGGAACACCAUACAGGGGGAGUGGCGAUGCUGUGGCGUGACGAACCACAAUGACUGGUACGCCGCCCUGCAUGACAACACGGUUCCUGACCGCUGCUGCCAGCAGUUUUACCAGGGCUGUGGACGCAACGCAUCCAAUGCCUUCUGGACGCAGGGUUGUUACAAGAAGGUAGAGGAGUGGCUGGAUGACAACAAACACCUUCUGGGAACCAUCGCCAUGUGUGUGUUGGUCAUACAGCUCCUCGGUAUGGCUUUCUCUAUGACGCUUUACCAACAGAUCCACCGAGCGGGGAAGAAGUACGAAGCCUGAGGGGGUCGACGAGGUCUUACUGUUAAUAAUGGGUACAUAAAAUAUAUCACAUUCUGCUCAGAUCCCUCACAUCUUGUUUAUCGUAAACCCUGAAGCAGUUACUGUGUGCCACUGCAGCCUUUUAGCUCACGUUCAUCUGUCCACCCAUUUAUUGUUGUGAAUAGCAUUUGAACUAGUUUUUAUUAUAGUUAGCCUUUUAAAAAUCACAUUAUAAUGUUCUGUGUUCGUGUGAAAUAUUUGUGAUGAGGAUCGGUCGCCGACAGUCAGGACUGAGGAGAGAGAGUUGGGGAGAAUAGUUUGCUUAAAGGGAUAGUUAGAGUUUUUUGAAGUGGGGUUGUAUGACUUUUAAAGUAGUCAGCAGUAAAACACAUUUCAGCCAACGGAAAACGUUCAGUGUCAGGUAAGUGUAUGCAGUAUUUAGAAUAUUUUCACCACUUUACCUCGCUGUCUCACAAUAAAACAAACAAACUGACGUCCAGCAACUUCCAUGUUCUGGCUCAAGUAAAGUGUUGUUUUCGUCUAGAGUCUUCAGUAACAUGAAGUCUAAGUCUGGUGGCUUUGAAGAGAGCUUUAGUUCCCAGUGCAAAGGGCUGCCAGAAGAUAAAGUGGUGAAAAUAUUCUAAAUAUUGUGUAUUGAUCAUUUUCAGGUGGCUGAAAUGCAUUUUACUCCUGCUGCUAAGUACCCUCCUACAACCUUGCUUCAAAAUAAAAAAAAAGUUGAAAUAUCCCUUUAAAGCCAUGCCUGUGGAAAAAUAUAACGUAUGGAUGCGUUUAGACAAAACAAGCGUGUAGUAACAUGUUCAAUAAAAGCACUCUUCACAAACGUU